UUCUGGCAGCGCAAAAGUGUUCCACUUUCUACCCUCUAUAAAAUGAUGGUGUGGCAAUGUCACACCGCAAAACAGCUGAUUUUGAUUGUUUAUUAUUUUUUCACAAGAACGCUGAAAAAAAUUUAAGCCGAAAAAACGAUGAAAUGGAAGCAGUAAUUGGAUUGAGUGAAUUAUUAGACGAAUUGCUAGAUUCGUCUUCAUCAUCGGAAGAAGAGAUUGAGGCGGUUCUUUUAAGAAGAAACCCUUAUCCACGCGUGCAAGACUUCAUAGUAAAUGUUGUUCACUCCUACACCGAGUUGGAGUUCAAAACAAACUUCCGCAUUACCCGCGGCAGUGCAGAAUAUCUCGUGGCAAGGUAUUCCUCUAGCAGAUGGUAUGUAAAAAGGAGCUACAAGGGAGGCAGACUGCAAUCUACAGCGGAAACUCAUAUGCUUUCUUUUUUGUGGUUUAGCGCUAACAAAACUACGUUCAGAGAAGUAGCAAACCUUUUUGGCGUGACGUUGUCGAACAUUCAUUUCACCUUCAAUAAAGUUUUGAGUUUCUUAGUGGAAGCUGUUGCGUCGGAGUCAAUAAGAUUUCCAAAGGAAGAUGUUGAGAAAGAAGCUAUUGCGAAGGAAUUUGAAAAGAUUGCUGGGUUCCCAAACGUUUUGGGCUGCAUAGAUGGUAGCUACAUUUCCAUUAGAAAGCCUAAGAAUAAAAUACGUUCAACCUACACAAAUAGACAUGAUUGUGCAUCAAUAACCUUGCAAGGAAUUUGCGAUGCAAAGCUACGUUUUCUGGACGUAUAUACAGGCAUUCCUAGCAAAAUUCAUGAUUCGCGGAUUUUAAAAUUAUCUUUCAUUGGAAAGGAGCUUCCAAGCGCAUGUGCUCCUAAAUAUCAUUUGCUAGGCGACGCUGCGUAUCCCCUUCGUGAAUAUUUACUAACUCCAUUUCGGGAUUAUGGAAGUUUGAGCGAAUCGGAAAAACUAUUCAACCUGAAAUUUUGCCAAACGCGAGUGAAAAUUGAAAACGCAUUCGGUGUGCUAAAAUCUCGUUUUCGCCAGCUAAUGCGUCUCGAUUUUCAUGAUGUGGAAGUCAUGGCCAAAUUUAUUAUAGCUUGUUGUGCUCUACAUAACAUUUGUAUAGAGAGAAAUGAUUGCUGUGAUAUUGAAACCAGCUAUAUCGAAACUGAAAGCGGUCAUAUUGAAGGCGGUGACAGAAGAGACCUUUUGCUAACGCAGCUGGGACAACUGAAGCGAAAUGAAAUCAAAAACCAUUUCUAUAAUUUCAGACAUUAAUUGCAGUUUUACUGCCUUUUUAUUAGAAAAGAA